CUACGCUUGCUCAACUUGUGCACAAUGACCAGAGAGUGGUGCGUCGUUUUGAGUUGGUCAUAUGGGUCUGUGUCUCUGAGAAGUUCGAUAUUAAGGAAAUAAUCCGGUCUAUAAUACAAGUGGCCAUGUUGAACAAGUGUGAUUUGACCGAGAUGGAGGCACUGCAGAAGAAAAUUGGUGAAGUGUUGGGCAACAAAAGGUACCUCCUGGUUUUGGAUGACGUUUGGAAUGAAGAUGGACAGAAGUGGGAUGAUAUGAGAUCAUUGCUAUGCUCGCAUGUUGGCUCAGGUAGUGCUAUAAUUGUGACAAGCCGCAGCAAUCAAGUUGCUUCUAUAAUGGGGACACUUCUUCCACAUCAUAUGUCACCUCUAGAUGAUGAUCAAUCAUGGGUGCUUUUUCAGAUAAAUGCAUUUGGAAGGGAAGUGGAGAGGCAAGAGGAAUUGAUUUCAGUAGCUAAGGGUAUUGUCCACAAGUGUAAGGGAUUGCCUCUUGCUAUCAAGACCAUAGCUUCUUUACUUCGUUCGAAGCAUCAUAGUGAGUGGUUCUCUGUUCUGGAUAGUGAUGUCUGGAAAGAUGACAUCCUUGCAACUACUGGGAUUGUACCUGCACUACAGCUAAGCUAUGAUCACUUGUCAUUAGAAGCAAAAAUAUGUUUUUCCUUCUGUGCUAUCUUCCCCAAGGGCAGAAUAAUGGAUAAAGAUAUGUUAAUCCAACUAUGGAUGGCAAAUGACUUUAUUGCAUCAGAAACAAGAGGCCAACAAAUCUUCGAUGUGCUCGUUUGGAGAUCUUUCCUACAAAUUGUCGAGAAUCAAAGGAAAUUGUUCGCCUCCGCGUAUGAAGAUGUGUUCACCCACCGAUCAACUAAAUGUAAGAUGCAUGAUCUCAUACAUGACCUUGCAGUCACCGUAGGCUCAGAUGAUUGCUCCUUUCUGCAAGGAUCCACAUAUACCAAUUCGUUACAGCAUGAGGUUAGACAUUUGUCACUUGAUUAUGUCAGUGAUAAUACUAUUGCAGCCAUGAAGCGAUUUCUAGCUCCCCGAGCCCGCACAAUAUUGAUCCAAUGGAACUCGAUGUGUACUGGGACUCCUCUGGAUACGCGCAACUCUCUGGUUAAGGUCAUGUCAAAAUUCAUGGCCUUGCGAGCAUUGAAGACAUCCUCAAUCGAGACACAUAUGACAAAAUUAAAGCAUCUUCGCUAUCUAGAUUGUUCUUGUUCUCACAUAUCUGAACUACCUGAAGCCACUACCAUGUUGUACAGAUUGCAAACAUUGAAGCUCAAUGGUUGUCAAUACCUUCGGAAAUUACCAGAAGGCAUAAGAUAUAUGAGUGGUCUUCGGCACAUCUUUCUUGUUGCGUGUUAUCGUUUGAAGCGCAUGCCACAAGGUAUUGGUAGCUGGAUUCUCUGCAGACAUUGACGAAUUAUGUCAUUGAUAGCGAUGCAGGUGGUGGAAUUGAUCAACUGAAAGAUUUGAAUCUAGGUGGCGGUCUUUCUUUGACUGAGCUGAGAAAAGUGCGUAGUGCAGAAAAUGCUAAACAAUGCAACAUGUCUGCCAAGCAUAAUUUGAAACUAUUGUCACUCGAUUGGGGAAAUGGACCUUAUAGCUUACAUGAUGGAUAUGAAGUAGAUACUAAUGCAGAAGGAAUAUUAGAGGCACUUCGACCUCACAAAAGGCUUGAAGCUUUACUAUUAUCUAAUUAUACUGGUGCUAAAUUGUCAUCAUGGAUUCACAACUCUACAGUAUUAGAACAUCUCAGUGAACUUUGUCUGAGUAGUUGCAAGAACUGCAAGGAUCUUCCACCAUUAUGGCAGCUGCCCUCUCUCGUGUACAAUGGGGAAUCCGGUAUUUCUCUGCCACCCUUCUUUCCUAAAUUGGAAACCAUUAUGCUUUACAACAUGCCUAAGCUAGAGAGAUGGCAUCAGGAGGUGGCAGGACAAGUAGCAGUUGUAUCAUUUCCACAGCUCAAAAAGCUAAAUAUUUCUAAAUGCCCAAUGCUAGCAAGCAUGCCCAAGACGCUCCCUUUGCUUGAAGAUCUGCUGGUGAAGGAGGCAAGAGACAUUCCUCUUUACCAUCUGAUGAAUCUGUCUGUGCAAUCUAAUCUUGAGUGCAAAGGCAAAAUUCUAAUUGAACCUACAGUUGGUUGGCUUCCUAUUGGUGACCAUCAUUUCUCGAGGCAUGGUGACUCUUACAUGAGGCUGACACUCGAGAAUUUGACAUAAAAUGUGGAGCACUUUGAAGAGGAGCUGAACAGAAUACCUUGCAGAUUUAUUAAAGUGAUGGAUAUAGUAGAUAGCCACUGUCUUCUCUCAUCUGAACCAUCCCAAAUACAACGGAAUAUAUGGAACCAUUUUGGUUUUGUUGAGGAUCUAUUUAUUUCAGGCAACAAUAAUAUAAUACAAUGGCCAGCGAUAGAGUUCAGAAAAUGUCCUGCCACCUCGACUCCAGGAGCUUUCAAUUGUCCGAUGUGAAAAUCUGGUGGAGGUACCAAAGUUGCCUGCAUCUCUUGAAAAUUUGCAGAUCCGUUAUUGUCGCAAACUGUUGUCCAUGCCAACAAUUCUUGGGAACGUAAAAAAAUUGAGAUCACUCGAAGUGUAUGGGUGCGACGCGUUGACAAUAUUUCCAGAUGGGAUGUAUGGAGUCACUGCGCUCAAGAGGCUAGAAAUCAGGCGGUGCCCGAGUUUAGAGACACUACCGGAGGGACUCCUGGAGCAGCUCCCAGCCCUCAAGGAACUGUGUAUCAGAGGCUGCUCCAACUUGGAGGAAGCUUUCUCAAGAGAUGUCAACACUCAAAGGUACGUACGGGGAGCUGAGGCGCGGGCUAGGAGUUGGGGUCUUCUUCAGGAAUCUGAUAUUCAGUGACGCGGAUGCUCAUUGUUGGUGCCCUUUUUAGCUGAAACUCACAAAUUCUGACAGUCAGAAUGCAAUGCCUAGGAAAAGAUAUUGGUCUUUAUGGGAUGAGAUGAGUCGCUGCAGGAAAGAAUUGUUCAUGAACUGGGAUUCUCUUGAAGCAGGUCCAGAAUUCAUUGACUGAAUCUGUUGUAUGGUGGAACAGCAGUGUUAGCGGCGGCCUGGCAAAAACAGAGGAGGGGCUCCUCUGUUUCGGGCAACACCAAUGCUUUUUAGUUUAGCUUUUUCAGGUAUGUGACGGGACGGUAGGAAGUUAGUGGUGAGUGCCACACUGGAGUUGAACCUUUCUUUCUUUCUUUCUUUCUUUCUUUAUGGCACCUCCUAAGUUACUUGUUGAUCCAAAGAUUCGCUGAAGAAAGGGAACUGAAGCACAAGACGGCUCAGUUAAGUUCAGUUAGGGAUGCCGCAGAUGAUACAAUAGCAGGGGUAUCAGUUAUUACGUCCAAAUGAAAUGAUUCACAUUGGUUAAAGGCUACUGCAGUUGUACAUGCAUUGCAACAGUGAAGUUUAUAUAUAGUCCCUGCCUUCUACGAGUCAUGAGGAGCAGUGAUCGCAGCAAGGCAGGGUCAUCGAUCUUUGGGUGAAGAUGGUCCGAUGUGUGUUGUAUGUAUAACUCCUGGCAUGUUGCUUGUUUUUCAGGCAUAGAGAUUAUCGUUUUUUUUUGAAGCUUCAUGUUGCAUGUUGCUGAAGUGGGCGAGGAUGCCACCAUCGUCGGCGGCGCCCGUGGGUGUCGUUUUCCUCGUUGGAGGCGAUGGUGAGGCGUCCCUCACUCCAUUGUUUUCGGGGGAAACCUUAGAUCUGGUCUGAGGAUGGAUCGAUGGAUGAAGGAGGUGACGGCCCUUGCAGUGUGCGCAUGUGGUGCCCACUGAAAGUGCGUCGGACCGGUGUGUAACCCAAACCAGGUAUUGUGGCUUGGAUGAGGCAUCCGGCAUUAGAUGUUAGGUGUUGGUGCGAUGUGUAUUUGGUAUUAGGCUGGGACAUUCAACACCCCUUCAUCACGGGAUAGGAGUAGCGGCCGACAGGUGUUGCCAAGAUGGUGGCUUCAGGCUUACUGAUGUAUUACCUUGUAAAGGCUUUGUGAAUAAUUAAUAAAAUGGUUGCAUGCAUCGCUCAGAUGCAGAGGCCGAGGGUA